UUAGCUUCCAGCAUGCCCGAGAAAUGGAACGGCAAUCUGACCGCGGGAUGCUGCCAUCGACAGAUGAUACAAUUCCCAUGGGCCUUCCAGCUAAGCGUGCAAUACGCCGGCCCGUCCGUUCUAGCUCCGAUGACGAGGAUGCCGCGCGUCCAAGCAAACCCAAAAGGCCUUCUGCAGCAACCUACGCACGUGCGCCCUCCUCUCUGUUCAGUGGCAUUAGUCCGUCACGUCCAGGACCAUCAACAAGCAACC